CUGUAUCCUAUAUUAACCACCUAACCUAACUUCAUUCCUUUAGGCAAGUGACUUUAAUUAUUUGUGUUCAUAUAUUUAUAAAAUGGAAAAUAAUACUGAUAACUCCGACCAAAAUAAUUACAGCCCAUUGUCGGUUCAAGACGUAGACGUAGAUUUUUUACCGAUUGUGUACGAAAUUAUACGAAGUGUGGAACGCGAUUUUCAUGAUAACGCUGCAAAGGCUCGUGAAUCUGCUGACUGUAGUCAAAGAGUGUUAGAGUUACAGAAGAAAUUGGACAUCGCACGUUCACAGAUCAAGCGUUUACCUGGUAUAGACUACAACAAACAAGACCAAAUAAAACAAUUUGAAAUCCUUAGCACUCAGCUGAAAUUGAAACAAGAGUUAUUGCAGAAUUAUCGAAAUAUGUGUUCAUUUGAGACAUCAUUCAAGUGAUUUGCAUCAUAAUGCCUCUCCGUGCUUUAUUUAAAUAUUUGGCAAACAAUGAACAGCUUGUACAGAGAAUUGCAGAGUCAUAUCCUGUGAGACGGGCUGC